UGGCUUACCUCUGAUCCUGACUCAGGUUAAAAUGGACCAAAAGCAAAUCUCCCAAGUGAAAACAAAACCUGGGGACGGACCUGUCAGCAAUGAGCCAAAAAUGCAUGUGAGGGACCAAUGGGCCACAAAGAUGGAGUUCAUCCUGGCGGUGGCCGGACACAUCGUGGGUCUUGGAAAUGUUUGGAGGUUUCCCUACCUUUGCUACAAAAAUGGAGGAGGGGUUUUCUUCAUUCCCUAUGUUUUAUUUUUGUUCACUUGUGGCAUCCCGCUCUUCUUCCUUGAGACAUCUUUGGGUCAAUUCACCAGCCAGGGUGGAAUAACAUGUUGGAGGAAAAUAUGCCCUCUUUUUGAAGGCCUGGGUUAUGGAAGCCAAGUGGUCGUUUUGUACACCGGGGUGUAUUAUAUCAUCAUUCUUGCUUGGACAUUCCUCUACCUGUUUUCAUCCUUCAGAAGCGAGCUUCCCUGGGUGAGCUGCAACAACAGCUGGAACACAGACGCUUGUUUUGAACAUGGUCGCAACGACACAUCCUCUCUGCACCUGUAUGCCAACACGACAUCCUCAGUUGUUCAGUUUUGGGAGAGGAGACUAUUGGGGCUGUCAGAUGGGAUCGAGGACAUCGGGACUAUCCGUUGGGAUUUGGCCCUUUGUCUGCUUCUUGCCUGGGUGUUGUGUUAUUUCUGCAUCUGGAAUGGAGUUAAAACCACAGGAAAGGUGGUGUACUUCACGGCUACAUUUCCGUAUGUGAUGCUGGCAGUGUUGCUUGUCCGUGGUCUUACCUUACCAGGAGCCAAGGAAGGCAUUAUUUUCUACCUCUACCCUGACCCGUCCCGCCUCGCUGACCCAGAGGUAUGGAUGGAUGCAGGCAGCCAAAUUUUCUACUCCUAUGGAGUUUGCACGGGUGUUCUGACAUCCUUGGGAAGUUACAACAAAUACAACAACAACUGUUACAGGGACUGUAUUUACCUAUGCCUGUUAAACAGUUUAACCAGCUUCGUAGCUGGCUUUGCCAUUUUCUCUGUGCUCGGGUUCAUGGCAAAAGAGCAGAAUGUGGAUAUUUCCAUGGUAGCUGAAUCAGGUCCAGGCUUAGCAUUCAUUGCUUAUCCUCGAGCUGUGGCUUUAAUGCCCUUCCCUCAACUUUGGGCAAUCUUCUUCUUCGUUAUGAUCAUCUUCUUGGGAUUAGAUAGCGAAUUUGUGUAUCAGGAGUCUUUAGUUACAACCAUCUCCGACAUGUAUCCCUCCUUCUUUCAAAAAACCCGGCGACGUAGACUGCUUCUUCUCACCAUUUGUGCUGGAGGUUUCCUGGUUGGUCUUGUGAUGGUAACUGAGGGAGGCCUAUAUGUCUUCCAGCUGUUUGACUACUAUGCUUGCAGCGGGAUGACACUUUUAUUUUUUGCCAUUCUUCAGUCUGUCUGUAUUGGAUGGGUUUAUGGUGCAGAUCGUCACUAUGAUAAUGUAAAAGACAUGAUUGGUUAUCACCCCUGGCCUUUCAUGAAAUACUGCUGGAGAUACAUAACACCAGCUAUCUGUACCUUUACGUUUCUGUUCUCUGUAAUCAAACACAAGCCCCUGAAGUUCAACAGCACGUAUGAAUACCCGUGGUGGGGUUACGCCCUGGGGCUAUUCUUCACUCUCUCCUCCACGCUGAUUGUACCCCUGUGGAUGCUAUAUGCUGUGAGCGUCACUCCGGGAACACUAAAACAGAGGCUAAAACAUCUUUGCACUCCAGCGAAGGACGCACCAGCUGGUACAACAAAGGAAGCAUCAAACCGUGAAGCAUUUCAGUCGUUCACAUACUUGUCCACACUGCGUCCGGCUGAGUGUCCAAAAGAAACAGAGAACACAACUCUGAAGUCAUCUGCGGUUUAA